UGAGUUAGUUAUUAAAAAUGGGCCAUGAACAAGAUUUUGCAUUACGAUCGACUAGGUAUAAUAAACUAAUAAUCAACAUGGUAGCCUGCGUAGCAAGAUCGAAGAUCGGAAGAAAUCCCGGCAGGGAUAUAAAAUGAAGUGACUGAAAUUACAUUGACAUGUCUGGGAAACAUGACCUUCUGCAGGCUGGUGCAUUACAGGGAAGCAGUGAUAGCAAUGACAAUGAUAUGUAUUCAUAUGACGAGGAGUCGCCUAGAAAGCAACCGAGAGAUCUUUGUUGCUGUUCUUGCUUGCCAAAACGUUAUCUUGUUGCUAUCUUAAGUUUUUUUGGCUUUGUGAAUGUAUAUGCUUUACGUGUAAAUUUAAGUGUGGCUCUAGUGGCCAUGGUCUCAAACACCACAGGACAUUAUGAAAAUGGAACUGCAUAUGUUAUAAGUCCACCAGAAUUUGAUUGGGAUUCACGAUUGCGAGGUUUCAUUCUAAGUGCUUUCUUUUAUGGCUACAUUGUUACUCAAAUUCCAGGCGGCUGGCUUGCUGCGAAAUAUGGUGGUAAAAAUCUGUUUGGGUGUGGAAUCUUGAUGACAGCUUUAUUUACACUUAUAACACCACCAGCAGCAAGAACAAACGUUUAUCUAUUAGUUGUAAUACGAAUGUUUGAGGGUCUUUUUGAGGGAGUCACUUUCCCAUGUAUUCAUGCAAUAUGGAGAAAAUGGGCACCUCCAAUGGAGAGAAGCAAAUUGGCAACAAUUUCCUUUUCUGGUCCUUUCGCAGGGACUGUUCUUGGCAUGCCACUGUCAGGAUUGAUAGCUGAUAACUUUGGGUGGCCUUGGGUUUUUUAUAGUUUUGGUUUAAUGGCAAUCAUUUGGAGUUUCUUCUGGUUUAUGUUGAUCACCGAUUCACCGAAAGAUCAACCUAAAAUCUCACCUGAGGAAUUAGAAUAUAUCCAAUCCAGCUUGAGUGAUGAUAAGCCUGAUAGAGAGAUGGUAAAGACGCCAUGGAAAGACAUAUUCAAAUCCAUUCCUGUUUGGGCAAUUAUUGUAGCACACACCACUGAAAAUUGGGGCUGGUACACUCUUCUUACACAACUACCUACAUAUUUAAAACAAGUUUUGAAUUUCAGUCUGAAAGAGGCUGGUUUCAUAUCUGCGCUACCAUAUUUGGCAAUGGUCAUUGUGGUGCAGGCUGGUGGUAGGUUUGCGGAUUUCUUACGAGCCCAUCAGAUAAUGAGAACAACAGUUGUUAGAAAAGUUUUCAACUCUAUUGGCUUCUUUUCUCAAGCUGCGUUCCUAGUAGUCGUGGGAUACACUACAAGCAAAGAGUUCGCUAUCGUUGGCUUAACCUUAGCAGUUGGAUUGGGUGGGUUCACUUGGUCUGGAUUUCCUGUUAACCACUUAGAUAUCUCGCCUCGAUAUGCCAGCAUUUUAUUUGGUAUUAGUAAUUGUAUUGCUACCUUGCCAGGUAUAUUCAGUCCAAUGAUGGUUGGAUUUAUCACAGAGAAUGAGACACAAGAAGAAUGGAGAGUAGUGUUCUUAAUAUCAGCAUCUGUUUAUAUGUUCGGAUUAAUUUUCUACGCCAUAUUUGCUUCCGGUGAGAAACAGCCAUGGGCGGACGAUGAUACUUAUUUUGCGGACGAGACUCACGAGAUGGAUCAGCUUUUAUCACCGGAGGAGGGUGAAAAGUUCUGAUGAAAUCAUUAAAAAACGAGGGAGCAUUCAUGGGGUAUUAUAUUUUGACUAAUUUAUUAUAAAAGAUACUUAUUUUUAUAUUCCUUCUUGUUUAGCAACUGGUUAAUGUUUUCAGCCGAAUUAAUACACAAACUAUAAAAAAGGCAGAAACUUAUAUAUCUCCGUUUAUACAUUGUCAUAUCAUACAUAUAGUUUUUUUAGAAUCGUGACCGGUUCUUUUUAGUGUCUCGAAUUGAUAUUUUGUUUUAGUUUUCGUUAUAGUGAGAUUCGGCUUAAUAAUUGGUGCUAAGGCCAUGUUUACUUUUACGUUUUUUUUAUUGCAUGUUCGGUUUAGUUAGAUAAAAUUUCUGGUCCAAAUAUUUCGUGUACAAGGUUAAAAUUUCGUCGAAAUAUUACAAACACGAAUUUUGAACUUAGCAAUGCUUAUAGUUGUGUCAAGAUCUGGAUUCUGUGUUAUUUGAUUAGGUCAAAUUAAUGCUUAAACUGUUUUAAUUAUACUUGACGUCAGCAUAUUCUUUUUUUGAGUAUACAGAAAUGCAGGAAGGCAUUAUUAUGUCGCGUAUUUAUCAGGGUUGUCGCGCCUCGUCAAAACUCAUAAAUUUUUCUUAAUUUUGAGAGUAGUUUAAUAGCCUCCAAAAUUUGAUUUUUAACAACUUUUCCCUCAAUUUUCCUUUAUUUGGUUUUUUUUCUUCCAAAAUCCAUAGAAAUGCUACAUGGGCGCAAAAAUAAUUUUUCUCUAUAUUCCCAAUUUUUUUUGAGAAAACUAUUAAAAUGUCCCUAAUUUUUUUUUAAAAUGCAGUUUGCCGUCUAUAUAAAGAGUGGCAACUUUUAGGGAUAGUGACAGACAUCCUUUAAAUGGUCUUCUCUGUACGAUUAAGAUUUUAAAAUUUCAGAAAACUGUUUCAGGCAGUUAGUUUAUAAAAACAGGGUAACUCCCGUUGCAUUUGGCUAAGAUUUUAGUUAUAUAAACUAUUAAAACUAAAUUUAUUAUCGCUAGAGCUUUUUUACGAGCAUAAUACUUGUUGGGUUUCAAAUUUUAGACUCACUAAUUUUUGGCGAAUUUGGUUUUAAAAACAUUCUGCUACAUAAUAAUUGGUCACUAAUAGUUUGUUAAAUUCGCAAAAAAAUUAUUGUUUGCUAAUACUUUGUUAAUUCACCCUCUUCGUAACAAUGUGUAAUAAAAAUAUAUACACAAUUAUUUUAUUAUUGGGAUUAUAUAUAAUAUCUUUAUUAUGGCGUUGUUACCAGUAAUUCUAUUCAUUAUUGAUUGACCUUCUAAA